AUGCACGCCCUCAUAGAUGAGAGGCGGACACGUAUACACCACGCCCUCAUAGAUGAGAGGCGGACACGUAUACACCACGCCCUCAUAGAUGAGAGGCGGACACGUAUACACCACGCCCUCAUAGAUGAGAGGCGGACACGUAUACACCACACCCUCAUAGAUGAGAGGCGGACACGUAUACACCACUCCCUCAUAGAUGAGAGGCGGACACGUAUACACCACGCCCUCAUAGAUGAGAGGCGGACACGUAUACUCCCCGCCCUCAUAGACGAGAAGCGGACACGUAUACACCCCGCCCUCAUAGACGAGAGGCGGACACGUAUACACCACGCCCUCAUAGACGAGAGGCGGACACGUAUACACCACGCCCUCAUAGACGAGAGGCGGACACGUAUGUACCAGAGCCUCUUAGUUUCAAAUAAAACCAAAAGCAGUUAA